GAAUUAAAUGUCAAAACACCUUAAGGAUUUGAACACUGAACAGCCAUAUUUAAUACAAUGAAAGGAGUUUUUGCAUUCCUGUUGGUUCAAGCCUCUUUGGUUUUUGUUCAAGCAGAUUUUAAAGCUGAAUGUGACCUUGUUCCGGCGGAUUUUGUAUUCCUGUUGGAUUCUUCCGGAAGUGAGACGACCAGAGGCUUCAAAACCCAGCUCGCCUUCAUCUCUAACUUUACGUCCAAUUUCGAGGUAGGGGCGGACAAAGCCCAGUUUGCCGCUGUGACGUUUUCUACCGGAGUCCAUAAGAACUUCUACUUGAACGAACAUGCGACGCAGGCGAGCGUUCUUGAUGCCAUCAAUAAGAUUCAGUAUACGGACGGUGAGACGUAUACUGACCUGGGGCUGAACUUUGUCCGAAAUAAUGUACUACAAGCCAAUCACGGUGCUCGACCAAACGUUGCCAAAUACGUCAUCGUGCUAACAGACGGACGGUCCAAUGACAACUCAAAGACGGUACAGGCGGCCAUGGCGCUCCACAACGUCCCCAACGUAACGGUCAUCGCUAUCGGUAUAGGGCACGCCAUAGACGUGAACGAGCUCCACAUCAUCGCUACCGACAGAAAUCACAGCUUCGUGGUCAACAACUUUGACCUUCUCCACACACUGGAAGUGGAGCUGGUGGAUAAGACUUGUACUCUCUGUGGAGAUUAUCCGGCGGACAUUGCGUUUCUCAUCGAUUCGUCUGGGAGCGAGUCUGGAGCACAGUUUGACAACGAACGCAACUUCGUUUCUAUGGUGACCAACGAAUUUGCCAUCAACUCUAACGACACGAUGGUGGCUGUGUCUCAAUUUGCAACCACGGCACGAACUGAUAUCUUCUUCAACCAGUAUCCCGACAAGGAAUCGCUUUUAAACGCGAUUGCAAGAAUCCAUUGGAUGAACGGCGAAUCCAACACACAUAGUGGAUUGAACGAACUGUCGCACCAUGUUUUCCAGGUAAAGAGUCACAGCAUUCAUCACGGCCAUCAUGGCCACCAGACCGUGACGUAUGGGCCUCGUUCUGAAUCUGCCAAAAUCGCCAUUGUUCUAACAGACGGUCGGUCUCUUGAGCCCGACCAGACCAUAAGAGCAGCCCACCAGCUCCACAAUAUGGGUGUGGAGGUGUUUGUUAUUGGGAUGGGACAUUGGGUUGAUGGUGUAGAACUGAAUCAGAUCGCCACAGAUGGAGAUCACGUGUACAAGAUUUCGUCAACAAAUGACCUAGCAUCGAUUCAUACCAACAUUGUAGACGCCAUUUGCAAAUUGAAAGUCCCUCCACCUACAACAACUCCAAUGCCAACGACCACCACAACCCUUCCUACGACAACAGUCAAACAAGCUUGUGGACAGAAGCCGGCAAACAUCGUGUUUUUGCUAGACGCCUCUGAGAGUGAGCUAGCUGAAGGCUUUGCAAAAGAGAUCCAGUUUGUGUACAACUUUGCCAGAAAGUUCCAUAUUGGACCACAGAACGUCCAGUUUAGCUCGGUCACAUUCUCCAGUAAUGUUCGAAACGACUUCUUCCUAAACACUUACAGCAACCGCCAUGAUGUCCUUAACGCUAUACAGAAAAUAUCAUACAUGCAGGGAGGAACCAAUACGUCGUUUGGUCUCAAGUUUGUCCGAGAUAAUAGCUUCAAACCACAAAACGGCGCUCGAACAAACGCAACAAAGAUCGUGAUCGUGAUCACGGGUGGACAGUCGGCGGAUCCUGCCGAUACAAAACACGAGGCGCAGCUGCUUCACCAUCAGGGGGUCCUAGUAUACGCCGUCGGCGUGGGCUCUGAUGUUGACAGCAGCGAGUUGAAGGCUAUAUCGUCCAAUGGGACGCCGAUCCUCGUCACAGAUUUCUGGUUGCUUCACGACAUUCAAGCGUCCUUAGAAACCGCCGCCUGUCAUGGAGGGACGUAACUCAUAUUUGUCUACUACUUCUUCUGUUUGUUUGUUAUCAUACUUUUAAAUAAUACAUCAUAGAGUCAGUGAUUAUUGCUGAGAAA